CUUUAUCCCUCUCUUGUGCCCAACCAGACUAGAAAUCCCUGGAUUCCCUUGCUUUGGUUCAUGCUCAUCCAGUAGUACAAGUGCAUUGGGAAGUGAGCAAAUCCUGUGUGGUCAUUCAUCCUUGGAGAAAGUCAGGGUUCGAAUGACACCAGAGACAGCUGGCACCUGCUGGGUUUGCAUCAGAAGCUGUCUCUCUCUCGUCAAAAGCGUCAAAAGCGUUUGCAAGACAUCCGGGAAGGUCUCCCACCCCAUGCCAUAAUAAUAAUUGACCCACACAGAUCAACCCUUGAGUUUGGAGUUUAAUCUUUGUCAACAGAGCUGUGGUGCAGAUGGAGCAGAAAACCCCGAAAACCCGCAAACGUUCCAGCAAGGUUCACAAAAUCCAACCCAAAGAACACCCGACGGAGGAUGUCCAAGAUGCAGAGGAGAAGCUUAUGUCACUGGCUUUGGAUAAAGAUGGGGACGGAGACGAAUUUGUGGACGUGUGCCAGAGUGGACUUAUGAUCUGUCGAGAGCUCCAUGACAAACUAUUCGAGCAUCAGAAGGAAGGGGUGGCCUUCCUUUACAAUCUCUAUCACAAGAAGAGACAGGGCGGCAUUUUGGCCGAUGACAUGGGCCUCGGGAAGACCAUCCAGAUCAUCGCUUUCCUUUCGGGGAUGUUUGGUGCUGGACUCGUCCGUUCUGUGUUGCUCAUCAUGCCGGCUACGCUUGUUAACAACUGGAUGCGGGAGUUUGCCAACUGGGUCCCUGGAAUUAGAGUGAAGGUCUUCCAUGGGACCAGCAAGAAGGAACGAGAGCAAAACCUUGAGCAGAUCCAGAGGAGAACUGGGGUCUUGCUCACCUCCUACCAGAUGGUCCUGGCCAACUGGGAACAGCUCUCCAAUCUCGACGGGCAGCCUUUUGUUUGGAACUACGUCAUCUUGGAUGAGGCCCACAAAAUCAAAAGCCCUUCUGCAAAAACCACCAAGUCUGUGUAUGGCAUCCCGGCUGUCAAUCGUAUCCUUCUCACUGGGACGCCGGUGCAAAAUAACCUCAGAGAGCUUUGGGCUCUCUUUGAUUUCGCUUGUCAGGGGUCCCUCCUUGGCACCGCAAAAACCUUCAAGAUGGAAUAUGAGAGUCCCAUCAUGAAGGCCAGAGAGAAGGAUGCAACUCUGGGCGAGAAAGCCCUUGGGCUGAAGAUCUCACAGAACUUGAUGGCAAUGAUCAAGCCCUAUUUCUUGCGCCGGAGUAAAGGGGAGAUACUGAAGCUGAAUUUGGAGCGAUCCGUCUGCCUGACCGGUGAAGAGAGAGACUACAUUGCUCUGGAAAUGCCGUCUCUACCAAGGAAAAAUGACUUUAUUGUCUGGGUGUACUUGGCCCCUAUGCAAGAAGACAUCUACAGGAAUUUUCUCUCCUUGGAUCAUAUCAAGGAGCUUCUCAUGACAACGCGUUCCCCAUUAGCUGAGUUGACCGUCUUGAAGAAACUCUGUGAUCACCCCAGGUUGUUGUCCGCACAAGCGUGUGCCAAUCUUGGUUUGGAGGUGUCGGAAUACUCUGAGCCAACAGAUCAAUCAACUUUGAGCAUGACCCAAGACAUCAAAAAAAAAGUUUCUGAUAAACUUCUCAUCGAGGAGUCGGGAAAGCUUGUUUUCCUUGUUGCAUUGUUGGAGAAACUUCAGGAGGAAGGACACCAAACCCUUGUCUUCUCCCAGUCGAGAAAAAUGCUGGACAUCAUAGAGCACAUCUUAACCAAACGGAGCUUCCGGAUGAUGCGUGUCGAUGGGACAGUGACGUGUUUAGCAGAACGGGAGAAGAGGGUCAGGCAGUUUCAGAUGGACAAAAGCUAUUCGGUCUUCCUUCUGACCACCCAAGUUGGAGGCGUUGGUCUGACCUUGACCUCGGCCACCCGGGUGGUCAUUUUUGAUCCCAGCUGUAACCCUGCAACUGAUGCCCAAGCGGUAGACCGAGCCUACCGGAUUGGACAAAAAGAGAACGUCGUCAUCUACCGACUCAUCACCUGCGGGACAGUGGAAGAGAAAAUCUACAGGCGUCAAGUCUUCAAGGACUCGUUGAUCCAGCAAAGCACCGGGGAUAAGAAAAACCCGUAUCGAUAUUUCACCCAACAGGAACUGAGGGAGCUCUUCACGCUGGAGGACACCACAAGCUCUGCAACACAACUGCAGCUCCAGUCCUUGCAUGCCACACAGAGGAAUUCGGACCUGGAACUGGACAAACACAUUGCGUAUCUCCAUACCUUGGAGAUGUUUGGCAUAUCGGACCACGACCUGAUGUACACCUGCGAAACAGGUCAAGAGGAGGAAGAAGAAGAAGCAGAAGAUGACGAGGCGCAUCAGUACAUUGAACACAGGGUCAAGAAAGCCCAGGAGUUGGUCCAGUUGGAGUCGCAGCUCAAGGAUAAAAAAUACCAGAAGUCCCGCUACUCAGCUGUGGUGCAGAUGGAGCAGAAAACCCCGAAAACCCGCAAACGUUCCAGCAAGGUUCACAAAAUCCAACCCAAAGAACACCCGACGGAGGAUGUCCAAGAUGCAGAGGAGAAGCUUAUGUCACUGGCUUUGGAUAAAGAUGGGGACGGAGACGAAUUUGUGGACGUGUGCCAGAGUGGACUUAUGAUCUGUCGAGAGCUCCAUGACAAACUAUUCGAGCAUCAGAAGGAAGGGGUGGCCUUCCUUUACAAUCUCUAUCACAAGAAGAGACAGGGCGGCAUUUUGGCCGAUGACAUGGGCCUCGGGAAGACCAUCCAGAUCAUCGCUUUCCUUUCGGGGAUGUUUGGUGCUGGACUCGUCCGUUCUGUGUUGCUCAUCAUGCCGGCUACGCUUGUUAACAACUGGAUGCGGGAGUUUGCCAACUGGGUCCCUGGAAUUAGAGUGAAGGUCUUCCAUGGGACCAGCAAGAAGGAACGAGAGCAAAACCUUGAGCAGAUCCAGAGGAGAACUGGGGUCUUGCUCACCUCCUACCAGAUGGUCCUGGCCAACUGGGAACAGCUCUCCAAUCUCGACGGGCAGCCUUUUGUUUGGAACUACGUCAUCUUGGAUGAGGCCCACAAAAUCAAAAGCCCUUCUGCAAAAACCACCAAGUCUGUGUAUGGCAUCCCGGCUGUCAAUCGUAUCCUUCUCACUGGGACGCCGGUGCAAAAUAACCUCAGAGAGCUUUGGGCUCUCUUUGAUUUCGCUUGUCAGGGGUCCCUCCUUGGCACCGCAAAAACCUUCAAGAUGGAAUAUGAGAGUCCCAUCAUGAAGGCCAGAGAGAAGGAUGCAACUCUGGGCGAGAAAGCCCUUGGGCUGAAGAUCUCACAGAACUUGAUGGCAAUGAUCAAGCCCUAUUUCUUGCGCCGGAGUAAAGGGGAGAUACUGAAGCUGAAUUUGGAGCGAUCCGUCUGCCUGACCGGUGAAGAGAGAGACUACAUUGCUCUGGAAAUGCCGUCUCUACCAAGGAAAAAUGACUUUAUUGUCUGGGUGUACUUGGCCCCUAUGCAAGAAGACAUCUACAGGAAUUUUCUCUCCUUGGAUCAUAUCAAGGAGCUUCUCAUGACAACGCGUUCCCCAUUAGCUGAGUUGACCGUCUUGAAGAAACUCUGUGAUCACCCCAGGUUGUUGUCCGCACAAGCGUGUGCCAAUCUUGGUUUGGAGGUGUCGGAAUACUCUGAGCCAACAGAUCAAUCGACUUUGAGCAUGACCCAAGACAUCAAACGGGUUUCUGAUAAACUUCUCAUCGAGGAGUCGGGAAAGCUUGUUUUCCUUGUUGCAUUGUUGGAGAAACUUCAGGAGGAAGGACACCAAACCCUUGUCUUCUCCCAGUCGAGAAAAAUGCUGGACAUCAUAGAGCACAUCUUAACCAAACGGAGCUUCCGGAUGAUGCGUGUCGAUGGGACAGUGACGUGUUUAGCAGAACGGGAGAAGAGGGUCAGGCAGUUUCAGAUGGACAAAAGCUAUUCGGUCUUCCUUCUGACCACCCAAGUUGGAGGCGUUGGUCUGACCUUGACCUCGGCCACCCGGGUGGUCAUUUUUGAUCCCAGCUGUAACCCUGCAACUGAUGCCCAAGCGGUAGACCGAGCCUACCGGAUUGGACAAAAAGAGAACGUCGUCAUCUACCGACUCAUCACCUGCGGGACAGUGGAAGAGAAAAUCUACAGGCGUCAAGUCUUCAAGGACUCGUUGAUCCAGCAAAGCACCGGGGAUAAGAAAAACCCGUAUCGAUAUUUCACCCAACAGGAACUGAGGGAGCUCUUCACGCUGGAGGACACCACAAGCUCUGCAACACAACUGCAGCUCCAGUCCUUGCAUGCCACACAGAGGAAUUCGGACCUGGAACUGGACAAACACAUUGCGUAUCUCCAUACCUUGGAGAUGUUUGGCAUAUCGGACCACGACCUGAUGUACACCUGCGAAACAGGUCAAGAGGAGGAAGAAGAAGAAGCAGAAGAUGACGAGGCGCAUCAGUACAUUGAACACAGGGUCAAGAAAGCCCAGGAGUUGGUCCAGUUGGAGUCGCAGCUCAAGGAUAAAAAAUACCAGAAGUCCCGCUACUCGUGAGUCUCAUGUAUCCCAUCGAGUCCAAUGGAAUUAACCUCUGUUUUCAUUUCUUGCCGAAGAAAUCGUUCCCAGUGACUGCAUAGUACACCAAUCUGGAUGCUUUUUGUCUCGAUUAUCUAUUCAAGAUGUUCUUCAUAAUCCAGUUUAUUGUUUGCUCAGCAGCUUGGUCUCCUUUUUUAAAGACUAAGCAAGGACAAGUUUCACUCUGAUUUUAUUAGAACUAGGAUUGGCCUUCUUUUGGCCAUGGCAGUGACAAGGUCCAUAGGAUGUCCUUUGCAUUUAUUUGGGAAAGCCGUAGCUGAGAAGACUGAACCAUUUUUGGUUUGAGCUUUGUGGUGUUCCUUGACGAAGGCUAAGUGGACUUUAGGGAGAAGAUACAGUUCUACUUAAAUAUAAUGGCACGAUUGUGUAUAUACUCCAGCGCUAUUUCUUGCUCCAAAAAGUGAAGUGAUGAGGAAAGCUUGCAGCUGGCGCAAGAGUUGUAUUGGACCCAAUGGAAGAUAUUAAGCUAAAGAAGUUGUUAUGCAUCGUGGUCUGAUAUUAUCUUCCUCCAUUUAGGGAGGAAGUCUGUGAAAUGAAGCCCAGAAGGGAAGAAAUUGGUUGCUCCUCAAGAUUGUUUCUUUUCUUCCCUGCACUUUAACUUUUUGAAAAAUCAAGUAUUUAUAUAUGGUUAAUGUUUCCUACUGUCUUUUCUACUAUUAGUAAAGUUUUUCCCUAUUUUCAAAAA